AUUAAACAACAGGAUAAAAAGAAUCGCAGUGGGAGACUUCCCGUAUGGAUCUCGUCCUUUUUCGUGACCCCCUUGUUUUCGUUUGACCCUCAAGUAUCCCAGCACUUGCAGCCCGGGCAUUGGGUCUGCUACACAACACCUCGAAAUGUUCAUCCUCCACAAACUCAUUUGCGCAUUGGUGGCCACGCACCUCAGCGCGGCACUCGAGCUCAUUGAAGCAACCACAACAUCCGUCUCCCUCCCAACCGCUUCGGAAUCCCCUUCAGAGCCACCGCCAGCCUCGGACACCCCCUACAGCCCUGGAUCAAACUCAUCCAUAGCCUCCAUCUCCUUCUCCGGCAAUGGCUGCCCGCAGAACGGCGGCGGCGUGGGCCGCUUCGCCAACUACACGGGCAAUCUGGUGGACGGCCAGGAGAUCGUGUAUCACAACUACACGGCAGUGCAGCAGGGCGCCGAGUUCCCGCCAGCGGGGAGGACGCUCAACUGCCAGAUGCACCUGAGCAUCACAGGCGGCGACAUGGGGUGGCAGGUCAGCCCGGAUCUUGUCAGCUACGGCGGCUUUGCCGUGCUGGACCCGGAGUCGGCAGUCAGCUUCUUUGUCACGACUUUUUGGUCGCAGGACGCGUCCUACACUUUCACAUCCCAGACCACCCUCUCCAACCCCGGAGACACCAGAGCAUCGCGGUUCGUGGGCACAAGCGUACGCAGCGAGGUCUGGUCGCCCUGCGUCACCAGCGAAGGCGGCGCUGUUGGCAUCUUCAAUAUGAACUUCCGCGUCUCGACCGUGGGAGGUGGCGGCACCGGCCUGGCAUACUUUGGCCCACUCGAGCUCAUGGGGCGUGAGGUGGCAUUGGUCAAGGAGCAGAUCACGUACAAGUGGCGUCGCUGUCAGCGGUGAGAUCAGAUGGGGUGUCGGAGACAUUUGGGCUUGGCGUGGACGAUCUUUGCAAAAUGCAUCUUUGGGCUUUGCACGAUGGUUCUCCUGAGCGGUUCUUGCACAGGGCCCAUAAGAUGCCAACGCAUUCGAUCCAAGACAGGAGGAAUUAUUAAUAUGUUCCAUGAAAGACGAUGGCCUUCCAAAUGCAGCCACCAAAAGAGAAAGUGUGUGCUCAUUCCCUCAUUACAAAGCAAACAAAAAAAAAAUAGAUGACAAAUGGAUAGCUAGUGUUGCCCUAGUGGCCGGAUUGGUGUCAUGAAACAGUCCCAAGGCCAAAGGACCGUGCAUAAGUGUUACCUAGGCGGGGAAUGUAAUAAAAAGGAGUCUGGGUUUGGGACAAAAUUCAUAGAAAAUCACGUACGAUAGCAGAAAGUAACACAUUCAACCUUAGCAAAUUACGCAGCAUUCGAC